AUGUUGGCAGACUAUGGGUGGCUUCAAUCCAACUUGAAAGAUGGAGCAGAGACAGCUCAUGUCCUUUUCAAAGCAGGCAAGGGGUGGGAUGGUUACUUCACAACAGACAACAUUAUUGCACAUGCCAAUCUUGUAAUGGAUAUCCUGGAAAAACAUUUCCCCAAUGAUGAUCAUAUUCUCAUAUUUGACAAUAUGACAACUCACAUGAAACAUCCAGAUGAUGCACCCACUGCUUGUGACAUGACAAAAAAUCCCUCAAAGACAUGGGGUGCUGUUGUCACUGUUAAGGACACUUGUGGCAAUGUUAUGCACAACACAGAAGGAAAGCUGCUGAAAACAAAAGUUUGCCUCACUGAUACACAUCUCACUAAUGGCUCACCACAGUCUUUCUGCUUUCCAGAAGGCCAUGAUAAAGCAGGUUGGUUUAAGGGCAUGGUGCAGAUCCUUUGA